UCGGUUGCGUUUGCGAACUACUAAACUCUUAACGUGCGAAUUACUUCACAAUAUUAAUUUAUUAAUAUUAGUAUUGGUUAUUGAUUUUUAAUAUACAUUAAUUAAUUAAUAAUAUUAUUAUUUUUUAAUGAUUAAUUUAUCAUACCAUAAAAACUCAAUGUUCUUAUUUUUUAAAUUGACAUUAUAAUAAUUUUAAGUGUUUUUCGGACAUUUGAUUUAUAAAAAAACUUGUGUAAAAAAGUGCUUGAUUAUAAUCGAAUUGUGUUUGGACGUUAUUACAAAUAUAAGUGCGCAUAUGUGUUGUGGUGUGGCUACCAGGAGAUAAUAAGACGGCAGGAGGUGUUCAACGAGGUAUCGUGAUGGCGAGCAGCGCGCGUCGAGGCGCAGCUUACACGAUAGACAGCAUCCUUGGACACAGACAACACGCAUCCGACGGCGUGGAGCGAUGCGGGGAAUUGAAGAGCGAAGGUGCUCACUCAGACUCUGAGCACGAAGUCGAGCAUGAGCACGAAGUGAGCACGGAGCCUGAACGAGCAGAGCACGAACCGUUAGAGGCCCUCGACGCUGGACGACCGCGCAAGCAGGUGCGUCGCAGCCGAACCACGUUCACCACGUACCAGCUGCACGAGCUGGAACGAGCCUUCGACAAGACACAGUAUCCGGACGUGUUCACGAGGGAGGAGCUCGCCAUGAGACUGGACCUCAGCGAAGCAAGAGUUCAGGUGUGGUUCCAGAAUCGACGUGCUAAGUGGCGCAAGCGAGAGAAGGCUCUGGGACGGGAGCACGCGCCGUUUUUACACCACGAACACGGUGUUGGAGAAUGGGGUCCCAGCAUGGGAGUUGGUGUGGGAGGCGUGGGCGUCGGCGCAGGCGAGUGGUGGCUCGGACUUGGCGCACCGCUGUGGCACGACGCGCCACCCGCGGCUGCCUUCAGAGCUUUGCUGCACAGGUAUGUCCUGGCUCUGCCUCCACCAGCGCCGAUGUCGCCCGCAGCGCGUUCUCCGUCCCCCGCGCGCUCGCCUCGCCCCGCGCCCCUCCCCGCGCCCGCCCCUCUGCCGUCUGAACCUCUGCGGCUGCUGCACGACCGCUACAGUCGAGUGCACACGUAACCAGGUGUAAUAUACUACAUGUAAGGCUAUGUGCUCCUGGUACCUCUCAACGCUUGAGAGCUUCGGAGAUUCGGUAUAUUUUUCUUGUGUCGAAGGAACACUAAGCAUAAACGAUUAAUUAAGCAGAUUAUAAAAAUACAAUAACUC